AUGUCAGCUGAACAAGCUUCCACAAUAGCAAAGCCUCAAUAUGAAGAAGUGGAACACGAGAAGUUACAUGAUGCUGCUGAACGUGGACAAGCAGCAACAGACGAGCAUGGACAGUCUCUUGUACAGCUAGAUCCGAAAGCCGAAGCCAGGCUCCGUUGGAAGCUCGACCUCUACUUACUUCCAUCAGUUGCCCUACUAUAUCUCUUCUGCUUUAUUGACAGAGCAAAUAUUGGAAAUGCUCGCCUUGCAGGGUUCGAGAAAGAUUUAGGCCUGACUGGCUACGACUACAAUACUGUUUUAUCUAUUUUUUACAUCUCCUACAUUAUCCUCGAGAUACCUAGCAAUAUUCUGUGCAAGUGGAUGGGUCCAGGAUGGUUUAUCCCAGCCUCGUCUCUCGGGUUUGGCCUCUGCUCCAUAUUUACUGCUCUUGUUCACAACAAGGCUCAAGCUUGCGCAGUACGUUUCUUUCUUGGGGCGUUUGAGACUGGUUUACUGCCAGGUAUAGCUUAUUACCUAAGCCGUUGGUAUCGUCGAUCUGAGUUGGCGUUUCGGCUGGCCAUGUAUCUGGUCAUGGCCCCCUUGGCUGGAGCCUUCGGUGGGCUUCUCGCAUCUGCCAUUCUCAAGCUACCCCAUUUUGGUGGCUUUACCACUUGGCGCAUGAUCUUUGCCAUCGAGGGUGUUAUCACGGUUGGACUAUCGAUAAUCUCUUUCUUCACCAUUACUGAUCGCCCAUCAACGGCCCGUUGGUUGACCCAAGACGAAAGAGAUCUUUGCAUUGCUCGGAUCAAGUCCGAACGUGUAGGAACAACAACUCUUCUUGACAAAAUGGACAAAAAGAAGAUGAUUCGGGGAAUUAAAAAUCCAAUGACAAUUUCCACCGCCAUCAUCUUUCUUUUUGUUAACAUCACAGUACAGGGACUUGCUUUCUUCACCCCAACGGUGGUACAGACGAUCUACCCUCACAAUAGUGUCAUCUCUCAACAACUCUAUACGGUACCUCCAUACAUUGUUGGUGCAUUCUUUACUGUCGUGUUUCCUCUGCUCAGUUGGCGAAUAGACCGUCGUCAAAUCAUCAUCGCUGCUAGUGCACCGCUAGGGAUGACCGGAUACACCAUGUUUUUGGCGAGCACCAAUCCGAGGGUCAGAUAUGGCGCAACGUUCUUGAUCACGAGUUCAGUCUUUGCUCUUGGCCCAAUGGUUAACUCACAAGUGAGCGCCAACGUCGUUACUGAUUCGGCAAGAAGCAGCGCAAUUGGGUUUACAGUCAUGCUUGGCAACAUCGGGGGUCUCAUCUCAACAUGGAGCUUCUUGCCUUUUGAUGCACCCAACUUUCAUAUCGGCAAUGGUCUCAAUCUUGCUACCACCACGAUGGUGCUCAUUGUGAGCAGCAUCAUGUUGGUGUGGAUGGUUAGAGACAACCGCAAACGAGAUGGCCGCAAUGUCGAAGAACAGCUGAAUGGUGUGUCUCCAGAGGAAAUUGAAGACCUUGAUUGGAAGCAUCCGGGAUUUCGCUGGAGGCCAUAA